AUGGAUAGUCAAGAUAACAAGAAUUCCACUGCUUCUACAGGGCAUGAGAUUCAUGGGGUUCACCCAUGUCACAGAUGUGGUUGGCCUUUUCCAAAUCCAAACCCAAGUGCUAGACACAGAAGAUCCCACAAGAAGGUUUGUGGAAAAAUUGAAGGCUAUAAACUGAUUGAAUCAGAAAAUGCCCAUUUGGCUGUUUCAGAUGAGGAGCAUUCCUCCGAUGAGGAUCAUCAAACCCCCAGUCCCAAGGUUGGGAAGAAAAAUAUCAAGGAAUUUGAUAGUAGUGGUGGAGUUGGUGAAAAAUUGAACAGAUCAGAAUAUGAAGUGUUUGCAGAUGCAGUCACCGAAUUUUCAGAUAGUGGAGUUAGUCCCAGAUUGGAUGAGCAUUUGGAGAGUGUUUCUAAUAAGAGUGUGGAAAAAGGCGUGGUGGAUGUUCUUAAUAGGAACCAACUACUGAAGUCUGAUGAAACUGCCAAGACGACUGAACAACUGAAUGACCCCGCAAGCAGCAGCCAAACGUGCAAACUGGAAUAUGUGGUGGACCAUUUGGAGAGUACUAUUACACCAAGUGACACUACAUCUGAAUCAGUUUCUGUUGGACUCACUAACGGUCUACAGUCUGGCUCUCAGAUUCCUAUCAAAUCUGAGAUUCAGACUGAUAUAAUCACUGAUAAUAUAAAUGAAGAUGGUGAAAGGAAAAUGCAGCAAGAGCCAGUGAGUGCUAGAGAGUUUGUAGAUGCCAAAGGGGAAAAAGGUGAGGCGUAUCUGAAAAGCUCUGAGUCUGUGGCCUUAGACUCUGUCAAAGGAAAAACUUCAGAUCUUAAUGUAAUAGUAGUCAAUAGGGAGGAAAAACUUUGUGAUAAAUUGUAUCCUGCUGAAGUGGUCAAGCAUGAAGUUAAUACUCAAAAUGAAAGACCUGAAAACAUGGAUUCUUUUGUUGAGGUAGAAAAGGAUGCUGAUUCUGCCACAGAUAGAAAUGGUGAAAGUGACCACAAUUUGAUUGAGGUAUGUAAGUCAGAGAAUGAGCAGGAACAGAUGCAUUUUCUAUCUGCAAAUUUACCAGGAGUAGAUAACCCUGAAGUCAUAAUUGAAGAUUUCAAAGAUCAUAAAUAUAUUCAGUCUAAGCUUCCUCUGGACCUGAGCUCUGCUGAAAUAAGAAGACCCAUGGAAGCUAUUGAUGAAGGUAAUAUUGCGGAGGAGUGUUUAAGUGCCCAUUCAGUUAAGCCAGUUAGAAGCAUUGCUAGCUCUUCUGUAGCUUUGGGUGCUUCCAGUGCUGUGGAAGAUAAUCUUAAAGUGGAAGCUGACACAUCCACAUUGACUGGAACAAGCGGGAGUGUUGAAACUUGUAGCUUAGAAGUCCGAGAAGUUACCUCUGGGGCAGAGAUCCAACCAAACUCCAAUACCCAAGGAUUGAAGUCUCAUUCGGUUGACUUGUCAAAGAAUGCUCUUUCUGAGUAUUCUCCAGUUAAAGGCUCUGAUAUCAUAUCUAAUGUUUCUUCUACUGAUGAAGAAGUCAAGCAAAAAUACAAUGUGCAUGGAGAUGAGAAUGCUAAAAAUUGUGACACAGUUAAGAGUGACAAGAGUGUUACUGCUGGAAAUGAAAGGGGCGACGGGGACUCUGAGGACAUAUUAUGUGUCCAAUCAAAAUCAACACCCGAUCAUGCAGACAAGUCUUUUUCACCUAAAGAUGAUCAAACUAACAAUGCUCUUGUAGAAGACAUCAACCAUUGUGAUGAAAAGUCCAGCAGUAUGCUUUUGGAUGCAGCAGGGAAUAGAAGUGAGGAAGUUGGUGUCCUUGGUAAUUUAAUGAAUAAUGGAGAAGCAAAGAAUGGUUAUUCUAUGCAGUUGCUGUACCCGACUGAUAUUUUAACUUCAGACCGAAGUGCAAAACACCCAGUCUCCGAAGAGAUGGCUCCUCUGCCUGUAAAUUUUGAAUCUUUGAAACAAAAAUCUGCUGAAGAAACUAGCUGUGCUGGUGAUGGUGUUAUAGAAUCAGAACCUGUUUAUGCGGCUGGAAUGGUAGGUGAACUGACUCGUAAUGGAAAUAUUGUAAAAAUGAGUGAAAAUCAAGAUAAACCUACUUCAAUAAAGCAAGAAUCCAUGCCUGUAGGUCAGGAAUGUUUGAAUGAAACUUCUGCUGCUGUUGAGAACAGAUGCACAAGUGAUGAAGUUAGCACAUUAAAGCCUGUUGGCAUAGAUUCAGGUGUGGAACUGAUUCACGAUGGUGAUAUUGUAGCAUUAGACAACAAUUCACCCGUCUCAAUUUCAAUAGAGCCAGAAGCCACACCUUCAGAUUCUGAAGUUCUAAACAAAAGUUCUGGUACUGUUGACGAUGCACCUAUUACUAAUGGUGAAAAAGUCUCUGGUAUUAGUUUUGAGCCUUUGCAAGAUGAAGCCGAUGACAAGCUCACAAAACAGAAAGAUGGUAAUUCGUCUGUGUUUAUAUCAGGUGCUUCAAGUAGUCCAACUGAGAGUCUCGAAGGGAACUGGGGAUCAGUUCUUUCCUCGCAAUCCGACCUGACAGCCAUUGCCGAAACAAAUCAGAAGCACAAAGCUAUAGCCACAGAAGGCCUUCCUCACAAGUCAGAUGAUUUUGAGCCUCCAUCUUUCGGGACAUUGGUCCAGUCUGCAGAUAAAGUUAAUCAGAAAGGUUCUUUUUCAGAAAUCGAGAUAGCUCAAAAUGCUCAACAGCCGAAAUCUGAAGCUCUACCGCAAGGCUGGUUCCCUUCCGUGACAAACAUAGUGAACGAAUCAGAAGGUCGAAAGAAAAACGAGGAUAUUAUUGCUAAAGUGACAAACUGGAGUUCAGGUAAACAACACAGCCCAUUGAAAAAUCUUCUGAGUGAAGCCAAGUCUCUUAACCCAAAACAAGUGCCUGCUGCAAAUCAGAAAGACGAGACUACCACAAAAGAUAAUGGUCGAGGAGUAACCACUGUGAAUUCAGCAUUAGUUUCUGGAGCACCUAAUAAAGAAAUGGAGUGGAAUUCACCCGCUAGGUAUCCGACUGAGAUUAAGAAAGAGAAGAAGAAAGGAAAGCCGUAUUGGGCAACGUUCGCUUGCUGUUCAUCUGUACAUAGCGACUUGUAA